UUUCCGAUGACAGUCGUAUAAAUACAAUUAGACCGUACGAAUUUACGGAGUAACUAGUUCUUGAUCUGUCAUUACAAUUACUAUUCCGAAUUUAGAAUUUCUAUAUGAUCCAGGUGCAACAUAUCAGAGCUUGAUCGAUGUAUUUGUUAUAUAAUUUCGUACUAUUUAUCUACUGCUAAUUAAACUUAUUAAGAAAUAAAAAUAAAACAUCUAAUUACAAUUAAUGAGAAAUGGAUAUAAAUAUAAACAACGUUGUUGGUGACUACAGUACAUUUAAAGGCGAUCCAGAAUUUUUACUUUCCUUAAUUAAUAAAUAUGUCAAAGUGGAUGUGCUUAAAAAUGUAAUAUACGCAGGAUAUGUGUUAGCAAUUGACCCAGAGCAGUAUAGUAUUGUUUUAAUGGUAUUGCAUGGAGAUUCAUACAGCAGAGUGCUUAUACCAGGACAUGCUAUUUCAAAUGUCACAGAAAGUACACCAUCAUCAGACAUCAAGCCUUGGCUUAACACAUCCCAUAUAAAUACUGAAGAUGUAUCAAGAAGAAAACUAAUGAUAAUAUCUUGGUUUAGAAAGAACUUAUUACCAGUGAGUGAGUCUAGUGAUAAUAUUAUCCUUGGGAACGCUAUUAUUUUGCCCCCCUAUGGGCCAAUGGAUAUUUGCACUGAUAAUCUAAUGGUAGCUAAUCAAAUACGAGAUAUUAUUAUGAAAAUGCCCGAUGAUUAUGGACCUUUAUGAAUUGUAUGAAAUUUUUAGUCUAGUCGUAUGAAGUUGUUUGUGUUGAUUUGAAUAAAUUUGUUUUAUAUGA